GCCCUGGUUUGUGUUGGUGCUUAGGAAUGCUCUGGGCGCUCAGUAGUACAGGUAGAGGAGUAACACGGUGCCAGUACUUACCCGGUAGAAGCGCUAUGGCAGAUCCGGCCCAGAGGAGAGUCACUUCGUGCCUAUUGAGCCGCUUUGCCCCCGGCCCGUCUCUGGCGGAGCUGCAGGCGAGGGAGAGGCGCUUCGUUCUGGACUGUGUGGCGGUGGAACGGAUUUCCAGAGACUACAGCGGCUCCCUGCCCAAGCUCGGCUCCGUCAUCCCCCCGUACAACUCCCAGCGGGACCCCCAUGUCAGAGCCUAUUUCCACUCCCGGCCGGUCCCCCCGCUGCUGCAGAAGACUGGGCAGUCUCAUGGAGGGACAUCUACCUAUGGGGAACUGGCUGAUCGCUUCCAGUACAAAGGAGCUGCCGCUCUGUAUCUGCUUACCAGGAAUAACGCAGGGGCAGGCCAUUCUCCCGAGCACAAUAGAGGCCAUGGCUUCUUCCUUUCCUCUGUUAAACCCGUGUUUGGAUACAAUGGGCAAUUUGGCUACAGAAGAAACACACCCUCCCUACGACGAAUGCCCUCCCCGUUUGGCACUGUUACCCGCUCCCCACUGUAUUGAUUCUUUACCCAUGAUCUUUACAGUUUUUCCCACAUAAGGCAUCGCAUUGCAUUGUUUGUGCUAUAGUGGAAGUGGCCAUAAAGAAAUGUUUGCUUUCAUAUAAGAACCUAUGUACAGUCUAUGGUACGGAAAUUUAGAAUCGUAAUGCUCAGCAUUUUAACGUGCUGUAGGGAUACAGUUAUACUAGGGAUGCACCGGUUCCACUUUUUCGGAUUCGGCUGAACCUCCCUCGUAAGGGAUUCACCCGAAUAUCCUAAUUAGCAUAUACUAAUUAGGUUUUGGAAAGGUCAGAUGUCUGCGCGGCGAAAUAUUUUCAACUUCCACAUUUACAAAAAGUCACAUGAUUUUUAGGAUUCGAUUUUGGUUCACCCAGGAGCAUGGAUUCGCCGAAUCCUGACGAUAAAGGCAGAAUCUUGGCCAAAUCCUGAACCGAUUCCUGGAUUCAGCGCAUCCCUAAAUUAUACCCACAUAUCUCCUUUUAUACAUUUCUAAUUAGCUGUACCGGUUUACAUAAACUUGCUUUUUUAAAACUGCUGUAAAGCUGGUUCCUUUGCCUGGCUAUACUUUUACAAGCUAAACACAGGCUGCUGCCACUCCUGACCAAGUCAGUAGCUUAUUGGCCAAUGUUUGGGGCCAAUAUUACAACAUCCCUUGCUGUUAUUUGAUUGGGGACCUCAUCAGAAAGGAUGGAAAAUCCCAUUGCAUAAGCCCCCCAUUGAGCUGGGGAUGGGGUUUUCUCCCACAGAUCUGCAUGGGCCUCUCAUAGCCAUUAAUCAUAUCAGUAAAUUCAACAUAAUAAUAUGAUAAGGGGAAGGAAAACGCAUGAAGAUUCUCCAUUGAAAUUAAUGUUAUGUGUACAGUAAAUGGCUAAAUUCUGGGGCAAAUUGGUCAUCCAAAUACACUCUAUUAUAAAAAGAAUCCCUACAUCUGCCUGUCCAACAUCUCAUUUCUGAAACCAGGGGCAUUAAUAUCAGCCUAAUAUGUGGCUGAUCACACGUGGUGCCCAGGUACUGCAUUGGGGGUUCCUUGUCUUUUCAUUUAUGCCUCCCAUCUCCUUUAUAUUACACUCUUGCCCUGGUUUUCAAUUCUGUGCCCUCUCUUUAUACCCCCUACUUUAAAUGCCUCGCUCUUUAUAUCACUGUUUUAUUUAUAACGCCAGUUUAGCCGGUGUUUCUAGCAGGCGGUGUGUGUGCGCCAAGCUCUAAUGAAACUGGUUGCUUUGAAGUCCCGCUGGUUUUGUCUUUGGGCUGAACAUUCAUAAAAUAGACACUUCUGAUGGCCAAGUAUAUAGUGGCAAUUGAUGAAGCUUUAACUCUCUUUAUUGAACAUGAUCUAAUGAAAUAAACAAGGCAAUAUAAA